AGCAGCUGCCUCCAGCCCAACCCUGGAUGCUGAGUGUAGUCCCAAGGCCCCGCCUGCCCCACUUCCUAUACAUACAGCCACUCCUGCUGUGAUUGUGGGGACAUACAAGGAAGAUCAGGCUUCCGUGGAAGCUUCUGCAAUUAAAAUCCACUGGGGAUUCUAGAAGGAGCACCUGUAAGUAGAUUCCGGAUGGAUGGGGCAGAGUCUGUCUCAUGGUGGGUGUUAAGCUGGCCUUAUACAAAAGAGGAGACCCAUCCUGGUACCAUGCCAGGUGCAAAGCACUGUGCGAUUUAUUGUAAGUGUCUUGGUAACAGGGCUUGAAGCCAGGCAGUGACUAGAAACCUAAAAUGCAUUAUUUAGUCAUAGAACAUUAGAAAUAGAAAGAAAAUAACCUCCCAAAUCAUCUAGUCCAUCAUUCAGCUAAAUUCAUUUAAUUCAUAUCCCCAAACUACAUCUCCAAAUGUACAAUGGUUUCAUUCCUGGUUUAGGGAUUUGAGGUUUUGUGUCUGUACAAAAUAUAUUAAUAGUCUUAUAAAAUAAGAUGUCCAAAACAGAAUAAACUUAAAAGCCAAACACAAGUAAAGCAUGAAACAGAGGUUCUGAAGAGCAACUCCUCAAUACAAAUAAACCAUUGUCCUUUAUCUCCAUUGUGACUUUCAGUUAUGUAGGCACAUCUGCCUUUUUACACACCUAAAUUAUACAUGAGGAUUAUAAAUAUUCUUUAUGUGUAUGUUAGGAUGAAAAAAACCUGCCAAGGCAGGUGCACGGGCUAAAAGAACACACCUUCCUGUUUCCUUUUGUUACCUGUUUAAUUAAAAAAAAAAAAAAAGUUGCCCCUGAUAAAAGCCUCCAAUAAAUGCCUCUAGUGCUAUUUUCUGGAAUUGAAUUAAACAUAUUAACAUAUUGUUAUACAAAGGGGGGGGGCGUGGAAGCAAGGCAAGGUGGACCGUGGUGCCAAUCCUAGUGACAUGUCAGCAGAGGAGGAGUUUCUUGCCUGUGGACUUCAUAAAAGGCUAGCUCAACACCCUCCAUGAGACACACUCUGCCCCAACCAUCCUGAAGCUACAGGUGCUCCCUCCUGGAAUCUGCAAUGGAUUUCAGUCGCAGAAGCUUCCACAGAAGCCUCAGCAACUCCUUGCAGGCCUCUGUAGUCAGUACAGUGGGCACGCAGCGCCUCGGGAUGACACCCAGCGUUUAUGGGGGUGCUGGAGGCCGAGGCAUCCGCAUCUCCAACUCCAGACACACGGUGAACUAUGGGAGCGACCUCACCGGCGGCGGGGACCUGUUUGUUGGCAAUGAGAAAAUGGCCAUGCAGAACCUAAAUGACCGUCUAGCGAGCUACCUAGAAAAGGUGCGGACCCUGGAGCAGUCCAACUCCAGACUUGAAGUGCAGAUCAAGCAGUGGUACGAAACCAACGCCCCGAGGGCUGGUCGUGACUACAGCGCGUAUUACAAACAAAUUGAAGAGCUGCGAAAUCAGAUUAAGGAUGCUCAACUGCAAAAUGCUCGAUGUGUCCUGCAAAUUGAUAAUGCUAAACUGGCUGCUGAGGACUUCAGACUGAAGUAUGAGACCGAGAGGGGAAUACGCCUAACGGUGGAAGCUGAUUUCCAAGGCCUGAAUAAGGUCUUUGAUGACCUAACCCUACAAAAAACAGAUUUGGAGAUUCAAAUUGAAGAACUGAAUAAAGACCUAGCUCUCCUCAAAAAAGAGCAUCAGGAGGAAGUCGAUGGUCUAUACAAGCAUCUGGGCAACACUGUCAAUGUGGAGGUUGAUGCUGCUCCAGGCCUGAACCUUGGUGCCAUCAUGAAUGAAAUGAGGCAGAAGUAUGAAGUCAUGGCCCAGAAGAACCUUCAAGAGGCCAAAGAACAGUUUGAGAGACAGACUGAAAUUCUGCAGCAACAGGUCACAGUGAACACUGAAGAAUUAAAAGGAACUGAGGUUGAACUAACAGAGCUGAGACGCACCUCCCAGAGCCUCGAGAUAGACCUCCAGUCCCAUCUCAGCAUGAAAGAGUCUUUGGAGCACACCCUAGAGGAGACCAAAGCCCGUUACAGCAGCCAGUUAGCCAACCUUCAGUCGCUGUUGAGCUCUCUGGAGGCCCAACUGAUGCAGAUUCGGAGUGACAUGGAACGCCAGAACAAUGAAUACCAUAUCCUUCUUGACAUAAAGACUCGGCUUGAGCAGGAAAUUGCUACUUACCGCCGCCUUCUGGAAGGAGAAGACGUAAGAACUACAGAAUAUCAGUUAAGCACCCUGGAAGAGAGAGAUAUAAAGAAAACCAGGAAGAUUAAGACAGUCGUGCAAGAAGUAGUGGAUGGCAAGGUCGUGUCAUCUGAAGUCAAAGAGGUGGAAGAAAGUAUCUAAAUGGCUACCAGAAGGAGAUGCUGCUGAGGUUUUGAAAGAAAUGAGGCUAUAAUCUUAUCUGCUCCCUGCAAGAAAUCGGCCAUAAGAAAGCAUUAUUAAUACUUUGCAGUGAUUAGAAGGGGUGGGGUGGGGGAAAUCCUAUUUAUCAGACUCUGUAAUUGAAUAUAAAUAUUUUACUCAGAGGAGCUGCAAAUUGCCUGCAAAAAUGAAAUCCAAUGAGCACUAGAAUAUUUAAAACAUCAUUACUGCCAUCUUUAUCAUGAAGCACAUCAAUUACAAGCUAUAGACCACCUAAUAUCAAUUUGUAGGUAAUGUUCCUGAAAAUUGCAAUACAUUUCAAUUAUACUAAACCUCACAAAGUAGAGGAAUCUAUGCAAAUUGCAAAUAAACUGGUUUCUAAUUUUUUCCUGUUUCUGAA